CUCCGAAUUCCGCUGAAAAGCUCAGUGAUUGAGUGACUCGGUACCAGAAUGGCCAAGGGAGAUAAACCUGCGGAGACAGCCAAAUUUGGUGGCAGUGAGAAGUGUUUGCUGGAUUUGCUGAGGGUCCACUUUAGGAGCUAUUGCGAAAAGUCAACGAUUCACUGCGUUCGCUACUUCUAUGAUCCACAGUUGCAUAAUUUGGAAAGGGUCAUCUGGUGCGUGCUGCUCAUCAUCAGCAUAGGCCUGUCCUGCUUCUUUUACCUUCUGCUCUCCGAGCGUUUUGUGUCCCAGAAACUGCAGACAGUUGUCCAUGAUCCACAAUAUCCAGUUUUCCUGGUUCAAUUUCCGGCCGUUGGAGUUUGCACGGAUAAUCGCAUCAAUUGGAGCAAAUUGGAGGCGGCCAAGGAGCAGUUUCUGCCUACCAAUUCCAGCGUUGAACUUGUGGAGAGCUUCACUGUUCUAGUUUCCCGGCUAGAAACUCUUCGCUUUGGUAGCUAUCUGGCCAAUUUGGCUCAACUGGAGGACGAUAACCUAGAGGCCGUGGGUUUUGUAAACCUGACCGAAUUGGCCAUUUUCUUGACCCUUAAGUGCGAGGACAUCAUAGUCACACACUCCUGUCUGUGGCGCAGUUCCUCCUUCAACUGUUGCGAGUAUUUUGUCUUGGAGAAGACAGAGUUCGGAUUUUGUUUGGUUUUCAAUUCGGAGAUUUCGCCACGGUCCAAGGCGAUUCGCCAGAAGGAGGGUCAUCACUUCUAUCCCAGGCAUAAUGCCAAGGCGGGUCAGAGUACGGGCUUGAAUUUCGAUUUACUCCUCAGCGAGAGUUUCAAGCGACCCGAUUCCCAGGCUAACGAUAAUGUUUAUAUAAUGAUAAAAAAGCCGGAUCAACUGAGCAAUGUAGUGUAUUCCAUGACCCAAAACACCGAGACCUAUGUGACUGUCCGUCCGGAUCUCACAUGGACGGAUGAGACCACUCGCAGUAUUCCGCCGGAGCGUAGGAACUGCCUUUUCGCGGACGAGCAGCAUGAGUUGGAUUCCCAGGAUUCGGCCAAGAAGUUUGGCAAGCCCUUUCAGCUCACCAACUGCUUGAACAGAUGUCAUGAAUCAUACUUAAUCCAGCUCUGCAACUGCUCCCUGCCCAUUUUCUUCUUACAAAACAGGAGAAUUAAAGAAUGCGAUGCAGCCAGCCUGCGCUGCCUGGCUCGUCACAAUGACAUUUUUAGCUACGAUAAGCGAAGGGACGAGGAUGCCCUUUUCAGUGCCACCAAGCCGGGGAUGACCUGUUCCUGUUUGGUGAACUGCUACCUGCUCGAUUACUAUACGGCCACCACCACGCUGCCGUUGUCAGCCCAUAAACUCCCCAAGGAUCCACAGCAGAAGCUAUUCAAGGUGGAUGUGCACUAUCAAGUGGAAACUACACCUUUGUAUCGCACAAGCUUGGAGUUCACCAUUAUAGAUUUAAUAGCCAAUCUGGGUGGAAUCUUUGGUCUCUGUUUGGGUGCUUCUAUGGUCAGUGCCUUCGAAUUGGUCUACUAUCUGACUGUGGGACUUGCCAUGCAUCUCUAUGACCACAAAUACUACAGGGUCUUGGGUAAGCAACUGCGCAUCAAGUGGCGAAAGUUCAAAGGUUACCUGAAAAACGAAGUCGGUCAACUGGCAGAGGUUCCUGUGGAAGGUAAACUAAGACAUCCCUUUAAUAACAGGAAAAAUGUUUGGUAA